GACGUUGCAACGAUCAAAAAGGAGCGUAGUGACGAAUUUGGCGAGCAUUGGACAAAGGUGCCAGGCAGCUUGGGGCCCUUAGCCGAACUAGCUAACAGUGAACAGUGAUCACUAAUUUGAGCAGUCUGGCCGUCAGGGAGUCGGACCGCAAGCACCAUUGUUCACUCCCAUUGUCUGUAUGUGUGCCUAUCCUUCUCUUAAGAGGUCUUCCAGGGUUCUCUCCGAGACCACAUUCUCUGCCAUCUCCUUAGCAUCCAUGAGUCUGCCAGAAUUCCAAGAUUUCUUAUACUUCGGCGAACGACAGCGCUAUAGAUCUCAAGAUCUGUACAAUCUCAUCACAGCUUCCCCCAGCAUCCACCUUGCACUCAAUAUUCCCCCUCACCCACAUAUUCCCCACGCCGAUGAAAGCUGGAAUGAAAUCCAGAUAGAGGAUCGUGACUCGAUGAUCCUCAGAUCCGACCCGUACUUCGUCCCCCUCCUAAGGCUCCUCAAGGAUGAACGCGUCCCUAUAAACAGCAUGAAAGUCAAGGGCCUGAAUUGGUUCAACUUUCCGAAUACCUCAGCGUUUCGCUCAGCCUUCAUACCCUUUCCCCACAUCUGCGUGUUGGAUUUGGACUCUAUCACAUGCUCCAAGAACGACAUGAAGAAUCUCGUUGCCUCGAUGCCGAAACUCAUUCGUCUCAUUCUGAAGGGCUGCAAGUUACAGGGAGAGGGCGGCUCAGUGACUACCACCAUCCUUCAAAGACCGACACUGCAAAACUUCAGCAUCGCUGUUAUCGACGGCGACUAUAGUACAUGGGACCUUUUCAUCAGUCCAGAGUCGCCGGUCGACCUGAGCGCAUUGAAACAGCUCUUCAUUGAAGGAGAUGGAGUGAGGCUCGUAUUUGACAGAACCAUGGUCUUUCAUAUCCAGGCAUUGCUGGAUCUUACAAAGCCUUCCCUCGAGAGGUUCGAGAUUGGAUAUAUCAAUAUGAACAGGGAACUCUAUCCUCUACACAUCGAGCACGUGCAGGACCUAUCCGCCAUCAUAAGCCUGACCGACGAUAUGGACCAGAUGAACAGCUGUGUCCAGUGGUGGACGACUACGUUCCUUGCCCUUCCAUCCGAAAACCAGCUUGAAAUAGUCACCAUUGUGGUUGCAGUCGACCAGCACAAGAUUCAGGGUGGUUCGAUGCCGCUAUGCGACCCGCGUUUCUGGAACGCUCUGGACGACGUUUUGUGUCGUCCCGAGAUAAAUCUAUGCGAAUUGCGCUUCUAUAUACAUGCUCAGCCAUAUUACAAUUAUGAGUACAGGUACAUCCCGGGGUAUAAUUAUAGGGGGGUCAUGCAUUGGCUUUGCAUGCAUUGCCUUCCAAGGUGCAGAGCCAAGUAUGAAUCCGCGUCUGCUUUCACACUCCUGGACGAGAGAUUCUGAAGCAGUUGACGAAUGUGUCUGGCAAAGCAUGACAUAACAUUCUUACCGUAAACAGUUUGUUUCCUUGUAGAUGUGUAGCUGUGUCAAAGUUGCUUGUACGUGUUCUUGAUCUGAAAGUCUUCCGUUGAAGGACAGUGCAAGUGAUCGGAUUGGACGGAGGAAAAUCGGAGGCCCCGGGAAAUCACGGGUUCGAAAAUCCUUCUCUCAAUGAUCGUGUGUCGAUGUAUUUUGCUUUU